AUGUUUAAAAAACCUUUAGCCAAUUUAAAAUCAUUCAGCCCUUUAAGAUCUUCUGAUCGUCGACGUUUUCAAAAUGAGGCAUACAAUGCUUACCCUUCUCUAAAAGAGAUCUGUACCAGUGAUGAAGAAGGCGCGCCUCAUCAUUUAAUGCCUGAUGAUCUUCAAGCAGCCAAAUUUGUUUCUCAUGUAGGUACACCUGGUAUUGUCUACAAAUCUGAGAAACAAGCUUUAUGGAUCUCGAUAGAAAAACUACCCCCUAUUCCAACUGUCUAUACUAUGUGGCAGUAUCCUAAUAUGCUACCAAAACUUUAUACAUGGUCACCUGUGAUUCAUAAACUAAUGGAGGGAGCAGUUCUUGGUUCAGAAGGCGCUUUACCUACUUUAAAUACAGGCGACCUAGUUGCUAUUACUAUUAAAGGCUAUUCUACUCCACUUGCUAUUGGCACUAUGGCAUUACCAACAUCAGAUAUCAAAAUUAGAUCAGGAAUGAAAGGAAAGGCAGUCCAUAUUAUUCAUGUUUAUCAAGAUUAUUUAUGGGCUAUGGGUGAUAAGUCAGAUCCACUUGAAUUUGAACAUAUUUCAAACUAUGAUGAAGAAGAAGAUGAUGAUGAUGAUGAAGAAGAAGAUGAUGAUGAUGAUGAAGAAGAAGAAAAAGUGGAAACAAAAGCGAAAGUAAAAGCAAUUCAUGAUGAAAAAAUUGAUGAAUGGCUUAAAAAGUCAUUAUAUCAAGCCUUGAUAUAUAAAAUUAAAGCAGAGAAUAUUUCAACUAUUUUGCCUAUAUCUGCUUCAUCUUUCUAUUCAGCCUAUAUUAUGCCUUGUAGACCGGCGGAUAUAGGAACUGAAGUGGACAUUAAGAAAUCCAGUUGGAAGAAAUUACAAAAAUUCUUAAAAACAAUGGAAAAAUCAGGAUUAUUAAAAACAAAAGAACAACGAGGUGAAACGAUGAUAAUCUCAGUUAACUAUUCACAUCCAAAUCUACAAGAAGUGAAUAAAUAUAAAACAAUGGAAAUACCUACCACUACUGUUAACAAUAGUAAAAAGGAAUCAACAACACAGCAAAGACAACAAAAAGAUGAAAUACAACAAGCUGAUAUACAAGAAUUAUUUAAACCAUUAGGAGAUCAUAUAAUUCAAUUCUUUAAAGAAGCAAAACAUGAAAAGGAUAAAAUGUAUACAAUUCCUGAAAUUCGAAAUGUUUUAUCCGAUUAUAUAAAGUUACAUCAAUUAGCAGAUCCCAAGAAUCAAAAGAUGAUUAUGAUUGAUCCUAUUUUAUGUGAUGCAAUUUUAGCUAAAGAUGAAUAUAACACAAUACAAAAAUUAGGUCGUGAUCAAAUACUUCAUAGAAUUUGUCAAAAAAUGCAACCAUUUCAUUUAAUGACUUUACCUGGAAAGGAACCUGUUUUACGUAAAGGAUAUCCUAAGCCAAUUGAGAUCACACAAGAGAUAAGACAAGGAAGAAAGACGAUCACGAAAAUAACUGGAGUAGAAGGCUUUGGAUUAGAUAUUGAAGAAUUAGCAAAGGAAUUAACUCGCUUGUGUGCAAGUAGUGCUACAUAUAAUCCUAUUCAGGGCGUUAGUCCAAAAAAUCCAUUAUUUGAAAUCAUGGUUCAAGGUCCUCAAAUCAAGAAUGUUACUGAAUUAAUGAUUAGUAAAGGUGUACCUAGGAGAUUUAUUGAUACAUUUGAUAAAACGUCCAAAAAAGGAAGGAGAUAA